AGGCGAUCAGCUGAGCUGCCGCCGCUAAGGAACCGCUACAAAUGUCUCAUUUAAAGUCUGCAAUUUUAUUGUUGGCCGUUAUUAGCCACUAUGCAAGUGCUGACUGCGGCUGCAACAAAUUGGACAGAGAUGCUGCCGCUCCGAAAACCACCAGACAGGAGCAGACGGAGCAACAGGUGUGCCAGCAACAGACGCACAAUAAAAACAAACACUAUCGGGAUUAUUACGCGGAGCUGGAGCCCGAAAUUGAAGGCAUGUCUUUGAUACCUGGCGGGAGUCUGCACAUUGGCACCAAUGAACCCCAUUUCGAGGCCGAUCACGAAUCUCCAGAGCGCGUGGUCAAGGUCCAAGAUUUCUAUCUGGACAAACACGAAGUGUCCAAUGCGAAUUUUGCCAAAUUCACCGAGCAGAUUAAUUAUAAGACUGAAGCGGAACGUUUUGGGGAUAGUUUCCUAUUUAAGACGCUGCUGACGCCAGAGCAGCAAACGGAGCUAGAGGAUUACCGUGUGGUCAACGCACUCUGGUGGUAUAAGGUCAAAGGCGUCAGCUGGCGCAAACCCAAUGGCAUCAACAGCAAUCUUCAAGGCUUGGAGCAACAUCCGGUGGUGCAUGUGUCCUGGCGCGAUGCUGUCGCCUAUUGCACAUGGGCAGGCAAACGCUUGCCCAGCGAAUCGGAAUGGGAAGUGGCCUGUCGCGGGGGCAAGCAACGCAAACUCUAUCCUUGGGGCAAUAAACUAAUGCCCAAGGAUCAGCACUGGCUGAAUAUCUGGCAGGGCGAGUUUCCCGAUGGCAACACCCAGCAGGAUGGAUAUCAGUUCACAUGCCCCGUGAAUGAAUUCCGUCAGAAUAACUACGAUCUGUACAACAUGGUGGGCAACGUGUGGGAAUGGACUGCGGAUCUGUGGCAGGCGGGCGACACCAGCGAGAGUCCCGCUCGUGUCAAGAAGGGCGGCUCCUAUCUGUGCCACAAGUCAUAUUGCUAUCGCUAUCGCUGCGCGGCACGAUCGCAAAACACCGAAGACAGCUCCGCCGGCAAUUUGGGCUUUCGAUGUGCCAAGAAUGCCUAA